AUGCUUUCUCUUGGUUCCUCAGACUCUAAUGAAGAACAAGCUCACCUCACCUUUCCUUCGCAUCAUCAUCAUGAAGAGUUAACAGGCCCAACAGAACAACAACGAGUGAUUGUUGAUUUUGAAGAAUUUGAAUCCUCCAAAGAGAAUAUCCUUCCACUCAAGUCUGGACGUCGAGCUGUGGAUUUGAGAAGAGUUUUUGGAACGUUGAAUCGUUCUUCUUCCUCUCCAUCAUUGAGAGGAGUUCUCAAAGAACGGAAAGAUUUCAUGACUGGUACGAGUUCUUCUUCUUCUUCUUCGUCAGGAUCAUCUUCCGAAAUGAUGAUGAUGAUGAAUUCUUCCAAUCUUUCCUCCCGAAUGAAUCAUUCUCCCAUCUUUAUGAUGAAUUCAUUACUCAAUUCCUUCCCAACCACUUGUUCCAUUACUAGUAGCAGCAGCAGCAACAUGAUGAUGAUGACUGAUGAUUCACAAAUUCUUCCCAAUACUUGCAAUCCUAUUGAUGAAGAAGAAGGGGAGGAUGUGCAGGAGGAUGCUACUGCAAUUCCUGAAACAUUUUCAAGCCUUACUCAAAACUCUUCAUCAUCCACUAGUAGUAGUAAUAAUAAUAAUUUUACCAAUUCCUCUCCAAUCACUACUACCAACCACACAACCAACACUACUCAUUCCAAUAAUAAUAACAAUCCUGGAAAUCGUCCCUUCUUUUGUUUCAACCACUUGAUCCGUAAAGUGUGCUAUGAAAAUCAUAACAUGAAACCCAAACUGAAUCAAGAACGUAAACAUUAUGAAAAGAGAAUAUCCUCUACGGCACUGGCCAAUCAUUUGGAUCCUCUCAGUGUCUGGCUCGAAUACAUUGAAUGGAUUGAGAAGAAUUAUCCAACCCUUAACAAGUCCUCUCAAUAUGUUCCGACUCUACAAGCUUGUACCAAAUAUGUUCUCCUUUCCUCUCAACAACAGCAUCAAGAUCCUUCUUCUUCAUCGAGCAGCUCUCUUUUAGAACGAUACAGAGAGGAUGAACGAUAUUUACAAGUGUGGUUGAAAUAUGCAGAUCAGUGUUUGGAUCCCAUUGAUGUCUUUACCUUUCUCGAGACGAAGAAGAUUGGACUCUCUCAUUCCGAGUUGUACAUUCGAUGGGCAACGGUAUUGGAAGAUCGAAAAGAUUUGAAAGCAGCGGAUGCUGUGCUUGAGAAGGGUAAACAUCGAGGAGCACAACCCAUGAAGGCACUGGAAACAUUUCAUACGGGAGUGAAGGCACGAUUCAUGAAGAGUAUUCUCAAUCGAGGAGGAUUGAGCACAACUACUGCUACUACUACUAGUACUAGUACUACUACUGGACAAGUGACAGCAUCGACAAAUCAGAAUGCUCAAGGAAAUGCCGUGAAUGUAAAUAAUAAUGAGAAUGGUGGAAUUGGACAACGAGCUCCAUUUCAUCCAUUAUCGAAAAAACCUUCCUCUAUUCGACCCACGACAGCCAAACCUCCAACCAUGAUGAAACCCAUGAAAAUGAAAAUGAAUAAUCCAAGUUUGGCUCAAAAGAAUUCACCCCUCAAUAAUUUUGUAGUGUAUGACGAGUCGGUGAAUCAUGCUGAGAAGUUGGCACAUGCAGCCACGACAAGAACAUUACCAUUUCAGAUACAGAGAGAUCAUUGUAACUCUGCUGUGCCAUCACAAGUAUUGCCACGUACAUUACCAAGCGAGCAAGAGGCAGAAAAAGAGAAUAACGAGAGACCUGAUAAGUGGACGAAUUAUUCAAAUCCUCAAUUUGUGACACAAGAUGUGGAUGAUCUCACUACUUUCAUGCUCACACCUCCACCUCAAGUGAGCAACGCAGUGAGUAAGCCUGCUUGUCAUUUCUCGAUAUUUGUCGAUGAAGAAUUUAAAUAA